AUGUUCAGUACAGUCUUCCAUGUCAUUCCCCGCAAUGUCGGCCACACACGGCUCUUUUCCUUGAUGCUACAUGCUCUCAGAUACUCAAGCAAGAACGAGAAGCCUGGGAUCACUCGGCAGGGUGACGCACAGGCUGCUGGAAAAGAAGCCGCCGAGAAAGGUUCUCCGGUAGGACUGGACAGUGCCACACAUUCGAGGGGUGGAAUGUCGAGUGGGGAGGAGCACAAAAAGGAUCCUUCAGCGGGAAUUGGCAUGAAGGACCAAGUCGGAGGGAGUAGCAUCAAAGGGAAAAGCCACGUUGGGCCGAAAGAGAAAUGGAUCAUGACGGGAGGGAAGGGGGAGUACAUCAUGCAGCAAGACUCCACGAGCCGCUUAUAUGCCACGCUCAGUAUCGUGUCGCUCCCACCAAUAUGA